AGCCCCUUCCCACCGCCCCGCACCCGGAGCCCGGACCCCGUGCCUGGGAGGGAGGCCGGGCUCCGAGGGGGUGGGGGUUGGGGUGGGGGCAGCUCCGGGGCGCGUCACUCGGCACAAAGGAGCCGGCCGGGAGGCGGCGGCGGGAGCAGCUCGCCAGCCACUCGCAGCGGCGGCCGCGGCCCCGGCCCUCCCCUCCCCCGGGCGUCCCCGCCCGCUUUCUGGCUCCUCUCUCCCGCCGUACCGGCCGGCCCGGGGCCAUUUCCGGCCUCCGCCGCUCCGCGCUCGCGCCGGCCCGGGGGGGCGUCGGGGAGCAGGUGGCCCCGGGGCCUUUGUCGCGGGCGCCGCGUCCGGGCGCCGCCGCCGCCGCCGCCGCCGCUGCGUGCGGGGCCGCGCUCCCGCGCCGAGGGGGGCGGCCCGGACCCCCGGCCAACAUGGCAGAAGUCGGCAUCGAUCAGUCCAAGCUGCCCGGCGUCAAGGAAGUGUGCCGAGAUUUUGCUGUCCUGGAGGACCACACCCUCGCACACAGCCUGCAGGAGCAAGAGAUUGAGCAUCAUUUGGCAUCGAACAUUCAGAGGAGCCGUCUGGUCCAGCACGACCUCCAGGUGGCUAAGCAGCUCCAAGAGGAAGACCUGAAGGCGCAGGCGCAGCUCCAGAAGCGCUACAGAGACCUUGAGCAACAAGAUUGUGAAAUUGCCCAAGAAAUCCAGGAGAAGCUGACGAUUGAGGCAGAGAGACGGCGCAUUCAGGAGAAAAAGGAUGAGGACAUAGCUCGCCUACUGCAAGAGAAGGAGUUACAGGAGGAGAAAAAACGAAAGAAACACUUUCCAGAGUCCUCUGGAGUCACUUCUUACGGAGAUAGUUACUAUUAUGAAGAUGGAGACCAGCCUCGGUCAAGGAGGGCAAGGGAAUUGGGGCCUGAAUCCCCAAGGUCUUGUAGACUCCAAAGUGAUGGAAAAACUGGGAAACUGAGGAAGGAGCGAUCGAGACAUCGGCUGGAGAACAUGGACGUGCCAGAAGAGCACUACUCAGCAGAGAAACCUCUGUCGUCCUCUAGUAGGGGGAGAAUCAGAGAACAUUCGAGAACGGAUACUGAGCGCCACGAAAGGAAACGGCCUGAUGUGGAGCGGCCACGGAGACCGCCACUUCCCAGGAUCCACGGGGAGGUGCUUCUCAGCACUGAGUCUGAUGACUGUGAAGUGAACAGGGGGCCUCGAAUCUGGAAUCGGGAGAAGCAGUCCCGACACCAAGCCCAUCUUUCGCCCAGGUCCUCACAGGAAGUAGGGCUUCCUUGCACGGAGGCUGUGUGUGGGAGAAACUGCGGGCAAGGUGAGCACAAAGAAAGGAAACACAGGCCCAGGACUCCUCCCUUUUCAGAGGGUGAACAAUGGCUCCGACCUUCCGGCACAGGAGGGAAACCAAGAGUGAUGAAAGACGCAGUCUCCACUUCUUCCCGAGUGGCCCAUAGAGAACAGGAAUGGUAUGACGCUGAAAUUGCCAGAAAACUGCAAGAGGAAGAAAUUUUGGCUACCCAGGUCGACAUGAGAGCAGCUCAAGUAGCACAGGAUGAGGAAAUCGCUAGACUCCUAAUGGCCGAAGAAAAGAAAGCUUACAAGAAAGCCAAGGAGCGCGAGAAAUCAUCUUUGGACAAAAGAAAGCAUGACACUGAUUGGAAGCCAAAAGUAACUAAAUCCACACACUCAAAGUCAAAGGAGAGUGAUGAACCACAGCGUUCUAAGAGUGACAGGCCAGCACGACCACCACCACCUGCCGUGACAGAGACCGAGGAUCUGGAUUAUACCCAUUUUUCAAACCAGCAGAAUUCCUCACGUUAUUUCUCAAAGUCAGAGUCCUCUCCUAAGGGUUUCCAUUAUAAAUAAGAACCAGGAAUCUGCCUUGAAAAUGGACUCACCGUAGCCAGUAUUACUGGAGGAUUCAGAGCGCAUUCCAUGCUUCCUUUUCUUCUCUAUGGUUAUAAUCCUGAGAUUUAUUAUCCUCAAGUGUUUUUCUGACCAUAAACAGUGAAAGCUUAUUUAAAAUGUUUUAGUUAUUCAUAAUCACUUGGGCAGUCUAAGAAAACCUAGUUUCUGAUUAUUGGCCACCCACCUCCACACUGCAUAUGCUUUCUGGGAUACAGUAUCUAAGAGCUCUGUAAAAUGCCAUUUUUGUUAGGUGUGAAGCAUUGGUUUCUAGGGCCUAGGUCUUAAUUAGCAAUUAAAAGUUUGAGAGAUAACCAUUAAAGUAGAACCUAAUAAUUGGAUGUAAUAUAAAAUAAAAGAAUAUGUAAGAGGAGCUUUUGGGGUGCGUUAGUGUAUGGUGUAUGAAAGGGGCCUUUUGCUUUUUAUUUAAUUCUAAACAAAAAGAAAAAAAAUCAACUGUGAACACAUCUGAAACAGUUGAAAUAUGUUUCUGACUACCUGGGGCAAAGGGGUUUUUAUAUAUCAUUGCCCUCCUGGAAGAACUGGUCUAGAAGUCUUUCUCAAAGUCUGUCUCUGUUGUUUUCCCCACAGCAAGGCCUUCCAAAGCCUCUGCUCAUCAUAUCUUUAUUAUUAUUUAUUGACAGAAAUUUACUUCUGUGAGAGUUUAACUCAGGUCUGUGCAGAGCCAACUGAAAAUCAGAACCAUGUAUCCCACCUUCUCUCUUCCAUUCGCUUUAUAGAGCCACGGAGAAUGGCAUCGUCAGACGUUUGCUUAAGUGAUGCCAUUUUCGCGUCCAUAAAAAUGACGUUUUGUGAAACGAAGUUUUCUUUUUACAGACUGUUUGUUGAAGGCUCUUAAAAAUAUUUUGUGUACGUACAUGACAGCAAUCAGAUUCAUUCUACCUAAAGUUCAAGUAGCUUAAGUGGUUCUGUAUUCAAGUAUUUGUUUCUACACACGUUACAUCUUCGUUGGCUCUUUUGGGCCAGACGUACAGACCCUUCUUUAUUAUUCUAUAGAAUUUGUUUAGCUUCUGCCCUCAUGCAAAUGCUUUUUUCCCCUGUAUUCCCUAUUCAUAAGCUAACGUAAAUGAUAAGCUUUUUAUCCCCUCAACUUGAUUUACUAUUAUGUAUUAUCAUGAAUCUGGUGGUUUUUAUAUUUUAGUAUAUUUGUUUAUAGAAAAAGAUAUGAUUAGUGAAAAAGUUUCCAUCUGUUCUUUUCACAUUGGGAGUCGCCUUCUAUUUGCCUUAUCUUUCCAGAUCGUCUGUAGGGCUGGGCAGUGUUCAGAACACUCUUUAGAGUCGUUUUUCCUGGUGCAGUUGGGCCUUUCAUUUUGAGGAAACUUAAAAACUAAAGAUCUCUCUCAGAAUGAAAGAACGAAAUCCACUCAGAGAAACUAGUCUAGUUUUCUGAAUAUAUGUGUGUACGCACAUAUAUAAUGUACACAUAUAUGUAAUUUAGAAACUUGCAUAAAGAAACUGUUAAGACUUAAGUUCUGGGAACAUGAUGAUAAUUUGGAAAGAAACAAACCUUAAGGAGAUAGUGAUUUCAGAGAUAUGGAGAAAAUGGAAAAUUAGCAGUACUUCUGAAUGACUAUUAGAAACAUGACGAGAAAUCUUCAUAGGCAACAGUAGACCAAAUGGAGACCCUGGCCUUAAGUUAAAUUCCAGAGGUAUUUUCAGUAUCCUGCGUUUAGGCCUUGUAACUACUAAAAUGCUCUAUUUUUGUUUGUCUGCCCUGUGAUUUUGCUUAAUGAUUCAAAAAGAUUUUAUGGUAGCUUUAAAAAAAAGGUGGAGUUUUUAUUUGAUAAUUAGGCAAAUGGGCAACAUCAUUUGCCAUAUUUUUAUUUUAUAAAUGUUUAUUUUUCUAUUUUAUACAACAGUUAUUUUUACUUUAACAGUUCUGUAUUGUUCCUGGGCUCUCAUGUAAUUUGUCCAGUCAUAUUUAUUAUUGUAAUGUACCUAUUGGAGAUAUUUCAUUUAAAAAACAUCAGGCUACCAUAGUUAAUAUUUUACCAGGAUGUUAGUGUUUCAGCUGUCUUAGUGACCAAAGGUGAUACUUUUCUUGUGGUACCCAAUUCAACAUCUGUAUUAAAAACUUGUAAUUUUUUGAUAGGGUUUAAAAUAGGAAAAUUUUUAAAUGAUUUUGUUUCAUUUUUGUUGUAAGGCAAACACUUUUUAAAAGAAUAUUAGUAUACUUUCGUAUCAAAACUCAGAUUUAAAACAAAACUCAGAUUCAGUUCAUUCUUAAUCAUAUUCAAAUAAUAUAAAAAAUUAUCUUUGAGACUAUAGAAACAACUAACAGCUACAUAUUAAGAAAUGCCAAACAUUCUCCACUGUUUUCUCCACUUUAUCAUUUUUAUAAAUAUGUGGAGACAUUAUUUUGUUCUUGUUCCUGCUGCUUAAAUACUUCAUUUGGUUUUUAGACCACAAUAUAUUGCAUCUAAAUAUUGUGAUUUUUAAUUAACACUCUGGCCUUGUCAAGUCUUUGUGUGUAUGUCACUGUUUUCUGGAGACUAGACCCAGUUAACAUCAGUAUUGUAAAUGAGCACAGUGUAUUGUGGAGAUAUCAUAAAUUACAGGGCAUAUAAGCCCCCUCGGGGUUAUGGCCUGGAAAUCAAGUUAGAGGUUAAAUGUUCCUAAUUGAAAAUAAAAAAUGGACUUUAGUGUCCAAGUAUUGUUAAACAUAUUUAUUUAUUGAGAGAGUGGGCAGUUGCUCCACAUUCUUUAACAAAGAAAAAAAAAUUGAGAUUUUUAGAAAGACACUUUGUAAACCAUCAACUUUACAAUGAAUAAUAGACUUACAUUGAAUAAUAGACUAAUGAGCUGCAAAAGAGACCCUGUAGUUUGCCUCACGGAACCAGCUAAAGUAGAAAAGAAAUAUAUGAAGAGAUGCUCCUAGGAGGAAAACCCUUCGAGAAUGCCCUGGCCACUUAGAACCAGAAUAACAAACUCCAAAGUGUGUGAUCUGGGGCCCGUGUUUCACUGCACUCACUCUAGAAGUAGAUCGUUCCUUCCCUUCCCGUCUCUGCUGUGCUGUGCCGUACAAACUGUGUGAUGAAGGGAUUCAUUGCCGAUACUGUCCACACCUUCCCUGCAGUGCCAGAACUUUUCAGUAUGGAAAUAAUGAGUGACUCACUAAUUAGUUUACUGUCUUUGAUCUUGUUUGUGCCCAAUCGUUGUUUGGGAAAACCUGCUAUAAUAUGGUGCAUUCAGCUUAGCACAAAGAGCGAUGAAAAUUUUAGGCCUGGGGUUUUUAAGGAAUGUUUCUGCUGGAUAAAGAUGAAUUUGAAGAUCGGUUUCAUUUAUUCAGUGAUUUUCUUGUAAGAUGUCUGCAGUGACCGACUCUUCAGAUCUUUAUUGUUAUUGAUGGAAUACUGAGACAGUAACAACAAGCCUCACAGUGGAGUCGUUACUGGUGCCCGCUCGAGCAAAUUGAUGAGCAGUGACUGAAACCCCUCUAUAUCUGACUUUUUGAAAAAAAAAAAAUAGAACUUGGACUCAAAGACUUUCUUGGGGGUCCCUUUUUAGAAAACAAUAUUUGCAUGGAGGAUGUGAUACUGAAAAGAACUACUAUGCAGGUAGAUUUUACUCCACAUUGUGUGCCAUAUUCUGGCAACACCGACUUUUGAUAAAAUCUUAAACUUAUUUUUUAAUCACUUUUUCUGUUUCUACUCAAAAUCAAAGAACUAUGUUAAAUGGUCUCUUCCCCCCCCUCUUUUUUCUGGUAGUGCCUAUGAGUUUUAAAGCCAUAACUGCAUAUUUUGCUAUUAAUAGAACCUUUUCCCCCCGUCUCUCUUUUUUAAUUUAAAAAAUGUAGUAUGGUCAGGGAGAAGCAAAUUUGGAGAUUGUCCUGAUAAUUUUGCAUGAAUUGCAGUUUCAUCAGAAUUCCUGGGAACGAACAAUCUUUUUAUCCUGGAUGAUACAUAAGCUCAUUCUAAGGAAGACCAGGUUUUGAGGUACCUACUAUUAUAAGAAAUACUGAAAUGUAGUUCUAGAGAAAACGGAGACGGAUCAGAUAAAUUUGAAGAGUCUCAUUUCAACACUCAUUUAUUCUGAUGAGACCACACUUUUUGCCAGCUAGGAGUAUAAGAAACAGUAUUGCCUUAAAACAGAUUGAUUUUGACCAAGAUCAGUAUACCAUGCUUUCUAUUAUGUGAAUGACAGUUCUUCACUGGGAUUUCACAUUUAUUUAUGAUCCCCAGUGUCUUAUCUUGAAGAGCUUUAAACCUCCUUCCACUCCACUGUGGGUGACCUGUAUACUGAUAAGUCAUUUCAUUUCAACUUGCCUCAAUCUGUGAAUAAGAAGUGAUGUUGUAGAGUAAGAGUUUCUGGCCUGAUUCUUCAGAUGAUUGCUCUCGUAUAAUUCUUCAGAUGGUUACUCCCUGAUUACUCUCUGAGUUGACUGUCAUCUUUUUCUAUAGUGACUGUAGAGAAGAUAUCGCCAAAGGUUCUUUUCAGUCAAGUCACUCAUAAUUUUGUAAAAAUUUAUCUUGUGUACUAAAAUCCAUAGUAUUAACAAGAAAAGUGUGGGGGGAAAAUCCACAAUAGAAUAAAGACAUUUACUUGAAAUGGAAGGUGUAUUAUUACAAAGUGUUUCAGUUUUAUUACUUUUAAAAGAAAACUAACCAGGAAACAUUUGCUAUCAUAAUAAAGAAUAUUUCACUCUUUAGAAGUUGUAUUUGGAUGCCACAAACAUAAUGCAAUCAUAUAAGUAAUCAUUUUGAUUUGUGAAAAUAUCUGGUCCUCAAAAAACAUUCUUUCCCUUAUAUAUUUGUGUAUACUGCCUACAAACAUGUUCCUAGUGAAUUUAAUAUGCAUUUGUGUGUUCUUAGCAAACUAGAAACUACAUUUCUCAUUGGGAGUAACACUUAACAUAGGAAGUCAGCUGUGUACUGGUUUCAACAUUUCAGAUAAGGACAGAAUUGUAUAACUUAGCAUUCCAUUAUUCAUUGUUGAUGUUCCUAUAUAAAGAAGUAUGAAUGACUGGGUUCUAGUGACAUUUCCUUCCUUUAAAAAAGAGCAAGGAUUAAGGACAGCAGAGAGAAGACAGUUGAGAAAAUAUACAAUUACACUACAUCUGCUUGAGUUAAACUAAGAAUAUAAAUUUUAGACUGACCAUAAUUUCUAAAAUGGUUUUUAGCUGUUAAAUUUACAACUAUUUUGAUGUCAGAUUUUUUUAAAUUAAGUUUGCCUUUAAAAUUCUUAUGAGCUAAAACUUAGCACUUGUAUCAAUUGAAAACCAAAUGUCCUAUCUCAGUAAAUAGCUCUAUUUUUCACCUGCAUCUUACUGGGAACUCGGUAUUUCAUGAAAUACUGUAAAUAAUCGAGAAAAAGAGUGGGAAGAUAGCAUACGAGAAGGUUGUUCCAUCUUGAGAAUUCUCUGCAUUGGAGUUUCCCCGAAGAAUACAUCCCAGCAAAGUAAUAUAUUUUGCAAAUGGUGCUGAAUUUUAAAGUACAAGGGUUUGCUUAUAUACAUCAAGUUGCUCAGGAAACUCGAGGUGGUGCUGUCAUUUGUCUCAACCAUUUGGAAAGUUGCUCUCAGGAGAAGUUCUGCACAGUACCCGGGCAGUUUCACAUUCUGGAAUGUGGAUGUGUUUAAAGUGGGAAGUUAUCCAUCCCAGGUGCUCACCGCUUGGUAACUAGGUUCUCAGCAAGCAAGGGAGAAUCAUGGGAAUAGCUACUUUGUGUAAUUGACUAGAACCUUUAAAGAAUCACGGAAUAUGGUGACCUGCCUAGACAAAAACAGAGUCCACCUCAAACCACAUGCCUAUCUAGAGAUUCAGUGAAACUGAGGGACACUCCGUGGUUGCCUUAAAGAGGGUUGGCGUUGGUCCUGGCAGGUAUAUGUGCACCUACCUGAACAGGGCUGGUGGAAAGUAUUUUCAUUUCCCCUUCAUACAGCACAGGUUGUUCCUGUUCACAACCUAACUGAGCACAGUUAGAAAAUGGUGCUGUUGUAUCUCGGGAGGUUGAGGUGGUAAUGUCACUUAGCACUCUGCAGUGCUGAAACUACCCUUAAAUGCCAAUUAUAUACCGACAUGAAUUCAUCUAUGCAAGCUUGUGUUUCUGUCAGUUUUAUACACCUUGUGUCCCAUUUGGUUCCUUAAGCAUAUGAUUUAACACUGAUAUUAUGAAUCAUUUUUAAACCAAAGUAUGUAUUAUGUCUGUGUACUUGUUUUCCUGGAUGGUUUGAGGCAAACAACAAUCUUGUCCUUCUCAAUAAAGUCAUCCAUUUGUUAAGUCA